AACUGGAAUAUGACAAAUGUGAACGGAACUGUAAAAUCCAGAAGAAGAACCGCAACAAGUGCCAAUACUGCCGAUUCCAGAAGUGCCUGUUCGUGGGAAUGUCUCACAACGCCAUCCGGUUUGGGAGGAUGCCGCAGUCCGAGAAGAUGAAGCUCAAGGCGGAGAUUCUGACGGGGGAACGGGAGACGGAGAACGCCCAGCUAGCCGACCAGAAGACCCUCGCCAAGCAGAUCUACGAGGCCUACCUGAAGAACUUCAACAUGAACAAGUCGAAGGCGAGAGUCAUUCUGACUGGCAAGGCCAGUACGCCGCCCUUCGUGAUUCACGACAUGGACACCCUCCGGCUGGCGGAGAAGACUCUGGUGGCCAAGAUGGUGGGCAACAACGGCAUCCAGAACAAGGAGGUGGAGGUGCGCAUCUUCCACUGCUGCCAGUGCACCUCUGUGGAGACCGUGACGGAGCUCACCGAGUUCGCCAAGUCCGUGCCCGGGUUCGUGGGCCUGGACCUCAACGACCAGGUCACCCUGCUCAAGUACGGGGUCUACGAGGCCAUGUUCGCCAUGCUGGCCUCCAGCAUGAACAAGGACGGCCUGCUGGUUGCCUACGGCAAUGGCUUCAUCACGCGCGAGUUCCUGAAGAGCCUGCGCAAGCCCUUCAGCGACAUGAUGGAGCCCAAGUUCGAGUUUGCCAUGAAGUUCAACGCACUGGAGCUGGAUGACAGCGACCUGGCGCUCUUUGUUGCUGCUAUUAUCUGCUGUGGAGACCGGCCUGGCCUGGUGAACGUGGGCCACAUCGAGAAGAUGCAGGAGAGGAUCGUGCAGGUGCUCCGCCUCCACCUGCAGUCCAACCACCCCGACGACGCCUUCCUUUUCCCCAAGCUGCUGCAGAAGCUGGCCGACCUCCGGCAGCUGGUGACCGAGCACGCCCAGCUCGUCCAGGAGAUCAAGAAGACCGAGGACACCUCGCUGCACCCGCUGCUGCAGGAGAUCUACAGGGACAUGUACUGACCCCCACCCCACCCCCGCGCCAGAACUCGAACCCGACUCCCCCGUCCUCCCACCAAACGUCCGGCAGCAAUAAAGAACACAAACCGCGAC